AGAGGUGGCUCAGCCACUCUGGGCUGUGUGUCCAUUCUGCUACUGCUCCUGGUGGGGCUGCAGUCAGCACCCUUCCUGGCAGCCAGGCCCAGUCAGCUGAUACGGAGCCCAAGAGGGCCCAAGGCCUCGAAGGCCCUGGGCAAGUUCCUUGGCUACAGGAAGAGGCCUCCUCUGCACUUGUCCAGCCACCCGAGUGAUUGGCUCCAUUUCACAGGAAAGAAGACCCUGCCAGGGAAUGGAACUGGGUCAAUGUCUCCCAGAGUCAGUGCUGAAGCCACAGGAACCUACACUCCUGAUUCCUAGACCAGAAAUGAGAGAGAGCGGGGCGCUCAUUCCUUCAUCCAUUCACAUCUUCAAGGAUUGAGCACCUCCCAGGACCUCUGGGACAGCAGCAGGAAGAAGGCAGACCUGGUUCCUGCCCUCGGGAGCUCACGGUCUCCGAACGGGUCAGACAUGCAGCCUGUAGCCCGACCAGGGAAGGCUAUUAGAGUGGGGUUGACGACAGAGAAGAGAGGUAAAGCAGCUCAAGAUAAGGGGCCAGAGAGAGUGGGGAGUUCAGGGAGCUGCUGGAAACCACAUGACUGCAGUGGGAAAGGUGGACAGACGGGGCAAGGGUGGAGGCACGGAGGCCAGUGAGGAGGCUGGUGCUGUGGACUGUGGAAGCACAGGCCUCGGGCUGCAGUGUGGGGACCGCGUGGUUCACGUCCGAGGAAUUUCACUGGUUGAACUAACAGGACUUGUUUGCUGAGAAUGAUGGUUUCCAGCUUCAUCCAUGUCCCUGCAAAGGAUAGGAACUCAUCCUUUUUUACGACUGCAAGUAUUCCACGGUGUAUAUGUGGCACAGGAGAUUUCUAAAUGCCGUUUUAGACCCUGAUGGUCUAGACUGUGUGUGUGUGUGUGUGCAUCCGUUUGUGUACACUGCAUGUACACCUUAGUGUGACUCUGCAUGCCUCUGUGUAUCCGUGUGUCUUGGUGUGUCUGUGCCAGUGUGUGUUCAGGUGUGGCAUAUGUGUGUUUAUAACACCUACGGAGGAAUGCUUAGAGGUAGGAGUGGGGAGGAGGGGGUCUCUAGAUAGAAACCUAGCUUGGGCAAAAGUGUGUUGGCAGAAGGGCAAAAGUGUGUUGGCUGAAGGACAAUAGAAUGCACACUGGGCAAAGAGGGUAUUGACUUUUCCUGCUAUGGGGCCAAAGCACAGGACCAGGACCGAGGGAAGGGACACUGGACGGUUGGAGGCUUGGCUCAGCUGUACAGGACAUGGGGGAGACCUUCCUCCAGGCAGGGCCACCCCUCUGUGAAAGGUGGCCUGGGGAAGGGGGUUGUGGGUAACCCAUUCCUGGAACACAUGAGCUGGGGUUUGGGUGUACGGAGGGCAUUCAGACCAGGACAAACACCAGGCCACCUCUCUGCCUCCUUCUGGUUAACGUUACCACAAAGGAGGUGGCCCUGGGGGGGAUUGACCUGGCUGGGUUUCCAUGACCCUGAGACCGCACUUUCUCUACCUCUCUCUGCCACAAGGAGCCCCUUGUGGCAGCAGCACUGCCUGCCCAGAAAAAUGCUGGAGGCUGGGCAUGGCCCCAGGCCUGGGGACCUGUUUUUCCUGUUUCCCGCAGAGUUCCCUGCAGCCCGGUCCAGGCGUGUGCAUUCAUGAGUGAGGAACCCGAGCAGGCACUGAGCAUCCUGACCUGGAGAGCAGGGGCUGGUCAGGGCGAUGGCAGCAGACCUGGGCCCCUGGAAUGACACCAUCAAUGGCACCUGGGAUGGGGAUGAGCUGGGCUACAGGUGCCGCUUCAACGAGGACUUCAAGUACGUGCUGCUGCCUGUGUCCUACGGCGCGGUGUGUGUGCUUGGGCUGUGUCUGAACGCCGUGGCGCUCUACAUCUUCUUGUGCUGCCUCAAGACCUGGAAUGCGUCCACCACAUAUAUGUUCCACCUGGCUGUGUCUGAUGCACUGUAUGCGGCCUCCCUGCCGCUGCUAGUCUAUUACUACGCCCGCGGCGACCACUGGCCCUUCAGCACGGUGCUCUGCAAGCUGGUGCGCUUCCUCUUCUACACCAACCUUUACUGCAGCAUCCUCUUCCUCACCUGCAUCAGCGUGCACCGGUGUCUGGGCGUCUUACGUCCUCUGCGCUCCCUGCGCUGGGGCCAGGCCCGCUACGCUCGCCGGGUGGCCGGGGCCGUGUGGGUGUUGGUGCUGGCCUGCCAGGCCCCCGUGCUCUACUUUGUCACCACCAGCGCGCGCGGGGGCCGCGUAACCUGCCACGACACCUCGGCGCCCGAGCUCUUCAGCCGCUUCGUGGCCUACAGCUCCGUCAUGCUGGGCCUGCUCUUCGCGGUGCCCUUUGCCGUCAUCCUUGUCUGUUACGUGCUCAUGGCUCGGCGACUGCUAAAGCCAGCCUACGGGACCUCGGGCGGCCUGCCUAGGGCCAAGCGCAAGUCCGUGCGCACCAUCGCCGUGGUGCUGGCUGUCUUCGCCCUCUGCUUCCUGCCCUUCCACGUCACCCGCACCCUCUACUACUCCUUCCGCUCGCUGGACCUCAGCUGCCACACCCUCAACGCCAUCAACAUGGCCUACAAGGUUACCCGGCCGCUGGCCAGUGCUAACAGUUGCCUUGACCCCGUGCUCUACUUCCUGGCUGGACAGAGGCUCGUCCGCUUUGCCCGAGAUGCCAAGCCACCCACUGGCCCCAGCCCUGCCACCCCGGCUCGCCGCAGGCUGGGCCUGCGCAGAUCCGACAGAACUGACAUGCAGAGGAUAGAAGAUGUGUUGGGCAGCAGUGAGGACUCUAGGCGGACAGAGUCCACCCCGGCUGGUAGUGAGAACACUAAGGACAUUCGGCUGUAGGAGCAGAACACUUCAGCCUGCGCAGGUUUAUAUUGGGAAGCUGUAGAGGACCAGGACUUGUGCAGACGCCAUGGUCUCCCCAGAUAUGGACCAUCAGUGACUCAUGCUGGAUGACCCCAUGCUCCGUCAUUUGACAGGGGCUCAGGAUAUUCGCUCUGUGGUCCAGAGUCAACUGUUCCCAUAACCCCUAGUCAUUGUUUGUGUGUAUGAGUUGGGGAAAUUAAGUUUCAAGAAAGGCAAGAGUUCAAGGUCAAUGACACCCCUGGCCUGACUCCCACACAAGUAGCUGGCUAUACUGCCAAGGUACCUAGGUGGAGUGCAGCCUAAUCAAGUCAAAUGGAGAAACAGGCCCAAAGAGGAAGGUGGCUUACCAAGGUCACAUACCAGAGUCUGGAGCUGAGCUACCUGGGGUGGGGGCCAAGUCACAGGUUGGCCAGAAAACCCUGGUAAGUAAUGAGGGCUGAGUUUGCACAGUGGUCUGGAAUGGACUGGGUGCCACAGUGGACUCAGCUCUGAGGAGUACCCCCAGCCCAAGAGAUGAACAUCUGGGGACUAAUAUCAUAGACCCAUCUGGAGGCUCCCAUGGGCUAGGAGCCAGUGUGAGGCUGUAACUUAUACUAAAGGUUGUGUUGCCUGCUGA